UUACAACCAACACUGCAGUCAUGGAUAAUCCACAGAGAAGGCCAAACGAGAACAAUGACACACCGUCCAAUGAUAUAUUCAGGCAAGGUCGAUCAACAAAGUACCCACCGAUUAUACCGUUCCUUGGAUUGCUGAACGCUGUGCUGUUGAUAACGGCUGUUGCUAUUGGAGUUAACUGUGCCAAAGUCAAAGAGGACUCCUUGCACAUUUCCAACCCAGCUGUAACACAGCUCUUCAAUGAGCUCGACUAUCUCCGAAGCAACCACAGCGAUGUGAUCAAAGCUGAAGAGGAGGCCAAGAAGGCGUUAGAGAGCGCGAUCAACAACCACAAAGAAGUAAAGGUGAAAAUUGAGCAGCUGAAGACCGUCAAUGAUGGUUAUCAGAAACAGAUGCAAGCACUGCAAGUGGAGAAGGCAAACCUGAAGUCCAACAUAUCAGUUUUAGAGGGAUCUUGCGGCGGAUGCCUCCCUGGUUGGGCUCUUUUCAACUCGUCCUGCUAUUUCUUCUCCUACACCGAGUCCUCUACUGUCAAAAAGAACUGGCAUGAGAGCAGAGAGGACUGUGUUAGUCGUGGCUCUGACCUGGUUGUGAUCGAUAACCAGGAAGAGCAGAAAUAUGUGAGUAACAUAAUCCAAAAUAUGAAAACCAGUGAUAGUAAGUGGGAAAAUGGAUUCUGGAUUGGACUCACUGACAUGGAGAACGAGGGGAACUGGACAUGGAUUAAUAAUGUCACAGAGGUGCAACAAAGGUACUGGAUGGAUGGAGAACCAAACAACGGCGGACAUUUUGGAGAACAUUGUGGGGUUGCAGUUCACUCCGCCUUUAAUCCCUGGAAGACCCGCUAUGAUGGAAAUUGUGACUUGAAGCAGUUGCACUGGAUGUGUGAAAUGUAAAUA